AUGCCAGGACCCAGACUCUUGCCGCUGGCCUGCCUGGCCUUGCUUUCUACAGCUUUGCUGCUCACAGCCACCUGGACCGACUGCUGGGUGGUUAACUCCGACGACAGCCUGGAGGUGAGCCACAAGUGCCAGGGGCUGUGGCGAGCGUGUGUCACCAACCUCCUGGACGGGAUCCGGACUUGUGACCAGUACGAUUCCAUCUUGGCCACACAUCCACGGCGCCGCGUGCUGACCAGGUCUCUGUUGCUUGUGGCUGGGCUGCUGUGCAGCUUUGGGCUGGUGGCGCUGAUCCUCACUCUGAUCCAGGCCCAGUUCCUGGGGAAUGAGCCCAGAACUCGGAUUCGAAUGGGCUGGGCAGCAGGCUGCCUCCUGGGGGCCGGAGGGUUCCCUGGAACACUGGGCUCACUCUGGUUUGCUGUGGAGGUGGCUAUGGAGAGGAUCCUACCGACUCAGCCCCGGGGACCCCUUACUGGCUACUAUGAGUGGGGCUGGUCGUGCUGGUUAGGCAUUCUGGGAUCUGCUGGCUGCAUGGCCACCGCCUUGGGCCUGGCCUGCUGUCUCCCAAGCCUCUGGGUGCCAGGUCAGAGGGUCGCUGGGCACCAAAGGAGAAGCCAGCUGCAGCCCCAGGCCAUCUAUGUGCUGGACACCAGUGUCUAA